AUGUACAGGAAAGUCAGCGGGACUUGCCGGACACAAGCCCGUGUCGAUGGCCUUCGCGCAAAGGGCUGGGCGGUCGACAUCUAUGACCCAGCACGCGGCGUCGGAUUGAACGAGGAGCUCACCAACCAUCUCGAGGACAGCCCUUACGUGCUGAGCAGCGUCCCGCCUUUGGCUAUCGCGCUGUACGACCCGGUUCUAUCUGCUCAGAAAGCCCUGCUACGCACCCUGGCGGCCUCGGGUCGCAUUGCCUGGUUUGGCUAUCUGAGCAGCACAGGCAUCUAUGGUCCGGGACGCAGCGUGUUGGACACCCUUAAGUCUGAGCUCGCGGAUCUCUCCGCCAGCAAGCAGCGCCGCGGCCGCCAGCGCUACACAGCGCGCUGCCACGUGUACGACAUUUGUACCGUGCUUAAUGCCAGCAUAGCGGCGCCGAGGCCAGGGAGCGUGUACAACGUCGUGGACGACGACCCGGCACCACGUACGGAAGUCGUGUCGUACGCCAGAUCACUCCUGGCUGGAAGGCCCGCGGAUGGCGACCAUGUUGGAGUAUCAACCCCCCCGCAGCUGCAGCUGCUACCCGACACGGCUCCCGACGCCACAGCUGCUGCUACUGCUACUGCAGUGUCGCCGGCGGUGGUGAUGCCACCACCGUCGGAAAAGAGUGUCAAAUGCAGCUCCUCUGGUGGCGCCGGGAGUGACGGCGACAGUGGCACUGGCCGCAACCCUGGCCCGGCCCCCGCUGCCGUUGGAGCUCUUGAGGAGAAGCGGGUCUGCAACCGACUCAUCAAAUCGGAGUUGGGAUUGGAGCUGCGCUAUCCAAGCUACAUGGAGGGUGUGGCGGCAAUUCAUCGGGGGGAGUACUGGCCGCUUAGCGUGGAGGACCUGAAGCUGCUGAUAUGA